GCGCCAAACGUCGCGAUAACCUGUCCUCCGUGGAUAAUCUUUUGCUCUUCGCAGCCAUGUUACAACCGCAGACGCUCGUCGAAGCAGUAUGGCAAGGUCACCAAAGAAGCCAAGGUCAGUGUGCAGGUGUCGUCACGGGUGACGUAUUUGAGUUCCACGUGCGAACGAAUUUCGUAUUGGCAGAAAAUCAUUGUACCUCGACGCUGACGCUCGCCACCGAGAUGUAUUUUCUCGUCCGAAUGCAAUUUUUACCUCUUCUUUAAAUUUUGUUUUGAAUUGUCGAACUUCCUGAUCCGGGAUGUGUGUACUUUUUAUUCUCCCAACAACGUUCAGAAAACUCUCACUCGGAAUGGAUCGUUGUUCUUAGCACCCUCUUCUCUGGAGCAUCGAACUUGGCGAGAAAUGUGGCUGUAUUUUUUAGUGUGUGUGCGCGUUUUUCCGUGAUUUUUUUUCAAAUCGAUUACUUAAUAUUUCUUUCAUUCUUUUUUUUUUUUUUUAAAUCUUUAUUAUUCCCCAUAACUAAAGGAUACACAUUUACUUAUUACGUGCCCUGUUGUGGAUAUCUCAUAUAAUAAGGGAUAAACUUGCUUCUCUGCAUUGAGAAUGAAGAAGAGAGCACUUGUGUGUAGUGAAGAUCCAUACUGGCAUGCCAUUCAGUUUGUCUCUGCACACAGCUUUCGCCUUCUUUACUGGCCUUAUUGGAAUUACAUUGGUGGCACACGCCACCGACGUCGGCACUCCUCAGACGUGCCCUGGGAUUUUUGACUUUUUCUGCUUCGUUGCAAAAAAUAGAAGUUCGCUCUUCUUCGUGAAAGCAGUCUUUUAAAACAUAUCAGUCUUUGUCCUGUAUGUAUCUGGAUUAAUCGAUUGUUAAAAUACCUUCUUUUUCCUGUUAAAGUCGUGAUAUCUGUUAGGAGUCUUUAGAGUGUCCUCUCGUCAAAAUUUUCAAUGAUUUUGGCUUUAAUGUUUCCUUAAGAAACAAUAUUCAAGGCCUUGUUAUUACUUACAAAUUGUGUCGUUCUCGUUGAUGUGAAACGGGUAUCAUCGUUUAGUGUUAGUUAUUAUUCAUUAUUUUACUUUCACUUGGAUUUUUAUCACAAGCUCUUUGUGCGGGAGUGGCUGGGCCUUUAGUUCAUUCCCUCUUUUCUUGAAGAGUGCUGAAUGACAAUGGAUAAACUUAAACUUUUCGGCGACCCAUGUGGUGGAAGCAAUCCACCCCCACCACCAACGUCGUCCCCUCCUCGACCAACUUCUUGCGGAGAAUACCCGACAAAAGAAGAAGAUGAGGACGACGCGGAAGUGAUGCAAGUUGUAGCAAAUGGACCACCUCCGGUCAGCCUUCGAACGAAAAAACAAAGAAUUGUUGAAGUGAAUGGUGUUUUGUCCUCUGAAGAUGAUGGGAUUGUUGAGCGUCCGAUGUCUUGGGAAGGAGAACUCUCUGAUGACGAAUUAAUGGAACCAAGGCAUACCCCACCGCCACCACAAAUCGCCAGGUGCCACAAUGUUCUUCCCACAGUCAUCAGCACAACGAAUGUCCAUGGUCGUACUCUUGGAAGUCCAAUGUGUAUGGAUGACGAAAGACACGUCAAUAGCAUCAUCAGGGUUAAGAAUGAAAAUAAUGAAACGUGUGAAGUUUCUGAAAGUACCAUAACUGUUCGAAAUAGCCUUGGAAACUCUGACUCUUUAUCUGGAAGUUCAUCUGGACCUCACACCACCAUAAGUCUUAUUAAACCUGCCUCACCCUCACCAUAUACAUCCCUCACUCCAACUAGUAACUCUAAUGACCGUCCUGUAGCUCAUAGUACUCUUUAUGAAUCUCUUCUUGUGAAUCAUCAAAAUUCCCUUCAAAGCCGAAAUUUAAUUGGUUAUAGUGGUCCCUACAGUCAAACUCCCAGUCCUAUCCUCACCCGUCCUACAAGCAGCUCUAGUUCUCGAUCUUCCUAUUCUCCGAGCCAAAGCCCACUUAUGGGUAGAUAUGUUAGUAGUGCCUCCUCAAUAUAUUCUCAUACCCAGAGCCCAGUUCUUUCCCGGCAUACCACAGGAAAUAGUAGUGAUGGAUCAGCCUGCUCACCUACUGGAAGUCCUUUACAAGGAAGGCACAUCACUGUGGAUGGGCCAAUGUUUUCUCCUUCUCAGAGUCCCAAUCAGACUAGGCGUAAUGAGUUGGAGAGCUUUUCGCCUGCCCGCAGUCCGGGUCAUAUGGCAUCAUCACAAUCUAGGCAUCGUCCUUAUAGCGUGUCUGUGUCUCCUGGUCUUCAGAAACCUGGCACCACCACACCUGAUCAAGCAUGUCUGCUUGAUGGCUCCUCACCUGCACUUCCAUCUUAUCAGUAUGUGUCUCAGGAUCAUCUUGCUUUAGAAACAAGGCUAAGCCAAAUAUCACCAUUAUCUCAACAUCCAACACCUGAAGGAAGAUCAACAACAUCUAGUGCCUCAGUUCACUCCAGUGCCUCUGAUGAAUCCAACGCAAGUGAUUUUUCAAGUCCGACACGAAGACCAUCCAGUGACAAUCUUGAAGAUACUAGACUGCAAUUACUUGGUGAUUUAUCCCAAAAUCCCUUAAAUAUAGGUGGAGCCCCAGGGAUAUCUCGUCAGCAGCUGUUGAGUGGACCUUGUCCCAUAUGUGGAGAUCGCAUUUCUGGCUUCCACUAUGGGAUCUUCUCAUGUGAAAGUUGUAAAGGUUUUUUCAAACGCACAGUUCAAAAUAAGAAGAAUUAUGUUUGUUUGAGGGGUGCCAAUUGCCAUGUUUCUAUAAGCACAAGAAAAAAAUGUCCUGCAUGUAGAUUCAAUAAAUGUCUUCGUAUGGGUAUGAAAUUAGAAGCUAUUCGAGAAGAUCGGACUAGAGGCGGCCGUAGCACAUAUCAGUGUUCAUACACUUUACCUGCUACACCACUUGGUGAUGAUCGUGUGCCUUUCAUGGGUGAUAUCAGUAUUUCUCCAUCUUCACUUCCUAGUGAUUGCCAUAGCAAACAAGAUAUAUCUUCCUCUAGGUCUUCCAAAGAGUCAGCUGGUGCCAAUUCUCCAGAUGAACAAAAUCAACCAAUCGUCCCACCUCUUAUUCAAGAUAUUCUUUCUGUUGAGCAUCUGUGGCAUUAUACAGAUAAAGAACCAUCAAAAUCUUCUAAUCAAACUCCUUGUAAAUUAUCUGAUGGUGAUCAAGAUUUCUUAAGUAAUUUAUGUAAUAUUGCCGAUAAUAGACUGUAUAAAAUUGUCAAGUGGUGCAAAAGUUUACCAUUGUUUCGAGAAAUAGGAAUGGAUGAUCAAAUCGCUCUUUUAAUUAAUUCAUGGUGUGAACUAUUGCUGCUCAGUUGCUGUUACAGAUCUAUGUCAACACCAAAUGAAAUACGAAUUUCCCAUGAAAAAUCUGUCACCAUGGCACAAGCUCAAGCUAUGGGCUUAAGUCCUGUUAUUGAUCGUAUGUUUAACUUAACUGAACACUUAAGACGGUUACAAGUAGAUCAAUAUGAAUAUGUAUCAUUGAAAGUUAUCAUUCUAUUGACAUCUGAUGCUCAUGGCUUAAAAGAACCUGACAAAGUUCGGGCUUGUCAAAAAGAAGUUCUUGAAGCUCUGCAAAAUUAUACCGCUUCUCAUUAUCCACAUCAACCAAGCAAGUUUGGUGAACUAUUGCUUAGACUUCCUGAGCUUGAGCGAGCCUGCCAAGUCGGCAAGGACUCAUUGACCACAAAACAAAGAACUGGUGAUAUGCCCAGCUUCAACCUUCUCAUGGAACUCCUUCGUGGGGAUCAUUGAUUGUUUCAUCUUGAACUGUUGCUUCAUUGCAAUUUUUUUUAAUAAAUUCGUUGUACCGGUGACAUACUCUUUCAUUUGCUGUUGCCCAAAGAUGGUGAAUAGAUACUUUGAACUAUUGAGCAAAGUUUUAAUAAAAGGAGCAUAGCUGCUAACUUUUUCUUUUGUUUCCAGAUGUUAUAUCAAAUUUAGCAUUAGAAAUUAUAAUUAUUUCGACUUUUGAGCAAUUUACGGAUUAAUUAAUUAUGUAUUCAAUCAUUUAUAUAAAUGUUAUGAAACAGUAAGGAUAUAAGUUUCUGCACCUAAUAAUUUGCUAAGAAAUGAAAUAUUUUUAAAAAAGAUCACUAAUAACUAUUAAGAAACUUUAACUGUGUUACGAAAAUUUAUAAUAAUUGAAUUUCAAAGGUUUUGUUGUUAUAAAAUGUUUUUAUUACAGUGUCAUGGUGAAAAAUGUCCUUUUUAAAAUAGCCAUCAGUCAUUUAAGUUAAUAAUUAAUAGGAUUAAAUUUUUAAAAAAAUAUAUCUGUGACAAAAUUGAUAAUUUCUUGUUUAUGUUAUGCAUCACUAUUAAGAUGUUGCUCUUCAAUUUCAAUCCACAGUAUAUCUCAAGGCAACCAGAUGAUUAGUAUGUAGUGCUAUGCAAGACUGGUGCUAUUGGGUCUACAACAUUCUUGGUGCCAAUUUUGUAUAUGUGUAAAUGUUGAUUUUUUUUAGACAUUUUUCAUUUUAAUUGCCAAAAUAUUUUGUUAUAUCAAUUAGUGCUUUGUUGAUUGUUUUUAUUAUGGUAGAAACAAAAUUAUCAAAAUAAAUAAUUGUUGAUUCUUCUUUUCUACACUUCGUUUCGAAAAACCUUAUUUUGGUUGCUAAUUGCCUUUGAAAAGAAAAGUUUUGAGACAAUUAAAUUUUAUAAUUGAAUAAUUUAUCCUGGACACCCUUAAGACAAAUAUCCACUCUGUAAUUAGACUAACAUUUAUUUUUAUUGUCUAUUCUGAACUUGAUUUGGUGUUGGAUUUAGUUGUUUUUCUGCGCAGAAAAAUAGUUUUUCUUCAUAUUUUUGGAUAAAAAUACUUAUAGAAAAGUUCUUUUGUACAAAUGUGCCCAAAUAACUUAAAGUUAGUUGAGACCUAUAAUCCUUAUUAAAAUAACACUGAAAACUAUAUAUUUGUUUUUAACCACUUUACUAAGACAAUUACAGAAGUUAUUUAUUAACUAUUUAAAGAAGUUAGUAUAACAAUUAAAGAAGCUAUUAAUUAACUGAAAUUUUCAAUUACCCUUAUAGCUUGUAAUUGAUUUCAUAUUAAAAUGGGUUUUUAUUGCUGGUGACAUCUUUUUGUCUAAAGUUACAUUAUUUCAAAUUUUUAUAUUUUAUUAUAUCACGUUUAUAGAAAAAUUUUAUGUUGAUUAAAAUUUAUUUUAACUCAUCAAACUUUCCUCUUUGCAUUGUAUCAUAAUCUAGUUGAACUAAAAAUACUAUAUAUUUUUGAUUGAUUUUUUUCAUAGUAACACUAUUUUGAAAGAUUAAUUUUAAAGUAAAAUUCUUUUAUGUGAAUCAAAUUUUUGCAAUUAGUUUUAUUUCUAAUUAUUUGGGGAUUUUAUAUAUAUAUAUAUAUAUACUAUUGGAUUCAGUUUCAAGACUCUUCUAUUCAAAGACAAAUAGUAGAAUAAAUUGUUAAUAAAACCUUGAAAUUGUACUGUUAUAAAUUAGUUAUUAGAUUUAUACCUGUUUAUUGUAUCACAUAAUUGUUAAAAUGACAAACUUAUUUUAAGUCUUCUAUUUCUGUUACUUUUUAGUUAAAUAACUUACUCUGUGUCAGCUUCAAAUGUUUGUUAUUUAUAACAAUAUCUGUUUUGAAAACAUUCCAAAACUUGAUGUGCUCUCACAUUCCUUUUCUAUUUACAUAUUUUUUUUUUUACAAUGUGUAACCAGCUUUUUAUGUGCACUUAUGCUUUUAGUAGGAUGUAUUAAAGAUGUUAUGUCAUAAUUGUAAAACAUUUUUUUAUUGCAUCAAUAUGUGUAUUGGAAACAAAUAUCGAUUGUUAGUGUAUCACUACUACUGUUUCGACUUGCACCAAUCACUGCCUCAUUCGUUUAUUAUUCAUUUAUCUGUUUCUUUUAUACCUUUCAAAAGUUUUUAUUUAUUCUCCAAAUUUAAAUAAUUAUUAUUUUAUUAAAAAAGAACAUUUGAAGUAGGCUUAAAAAAAAUCAUAUACCGGUAUGAGCCAAAAUUCAGUGCUUUAAUUAUAUAUCAGAAAAAGUGGGACAUUUAAACAAAGAUUUGUCGCUUAACUUCUAAUUAUAAUAACUAAUAGUUAAUUUUCAUAGAUAUGCUUAUUAACUCCAUGAGACAUAUUAGAUCAGGAAAUCUGCCAAUAGGAUUUUCACUUUCAAUUUUUAUUUAAUUGAAUGUAUUAAAAGCAUUAAAUUUUCUGGAUUCGUUACCAACACUAUACAAUCUUCCAAUAUUGGACAGUAUUUUUUUUUCUUACAAUUUGUGGUAAACUAUCGAUCAUUGAAAAUUGGUGUAAAACUUGAACAAAAUUUUUCUUUAAAUAAAAAAGUCUCUUUUUAUUAGCUUAAUUUAGUUGAUAAUUUUUUUUAAAAAAAGAAUUUGAUACCAUUUUAAUUCCUAUUUGGCUAUUUUUUCCAAAAAUUCUUAGUUUUAUACAUGUUGCUCUUAAGUUGUUAUAUUACUGAUUGAGAUUUAUAUGUAUUUCCGGUGAUAAAAAUCUUCCUGUAUUGUGGGAUUACGCAAUUGUUUUAAUAUGUUUCAAACUUUAGUGCGUGGUUAGUUGAAAAACAGUGAAAAUAAAUUUAUUUACUCGUUGAUCUUAAAAUAUUUUUAUUAUAAAAUGAAAAAGUUCAUUUUUAGGACAAGAUCAUUACUUUUCAUUUUAAUAUAAUUAUUUUUAAGACCUAUGAAGAUAAAUUUUCAGUUGAAUGUUUCAAAUUCGAAAUUAUUAAAAUGCAUGUUUUAUAUGUAUGUUUGUUUGCACUAUAUCCAAUUGAUAUAUUGUUUAACUAUAUCAAUGUUUUAUACAUUUACUUCUAAAAUGUUCUUAUCUGAACAUUUUAUAUCAAGUAGAUGUUUUUAAAUUUGCAUUAUUUUUGUUUUUAAAAUUGUUUAUAGUUUAUUUCUACAAAUUCAAAAUUGUUAGUACCUUUUCUGUUAUUGAUCUAUAGAUUUUUGAUGUAUCAAUAUUUAAAUAUAUUUACAUUAUUUGCUUCACCAAAAGUGCCAACAAUAUUUUACCACUAUUCACUUGAAAGGUUGGAAACAUCUUAUAUCUUUAAAAUCACUGUUAAUAAUUUUUAUUACUAUAUUAUCUUUUGAGCAUAAUUUGUUUAAUUGCAUUUUCUUACUUUGGAUGAAAGUUUCUAAAUGGUACACAAUAAAUUAAGUUUUUUCUGACAUAUUUUUUGUGAAAAACUUUUUUAUUGUCUGUUUUUUUCUUUUACUUUUUUUCCAAUACUUUUAUUCAGAUUUUUAAGUUCUAAAAUAUUGCACAUUUGCAAUAUUUAUUAUAAUUAUUAAAAGAGAAGGAGUUGUAAAGCAUGAUUUUUGUUUAAACUUUUUCUUUUGCUCAUAAAUUCUUAAGUGAGAUAAGUCUGAUUUUUAUUGUGGUUUCUGUUAUCCAUGCCUCUCUUUCAAAACAUGUUUGAAAUUUUUUUUUAUUUGUUCAUUUAAAAGAACGGUUUUAACAUUACUAAACUUCCCAGAUUAUAUGCAAUAGACCUUUUGUUUGGUAUAAUGAAGGUCGUAUUCAAAGAGAAGACAAGGACAAUUUCACAGUCCCUAAAUUUAUAUAGAAUUUAUGAUUUUGAACAACAAAUCAAAAAGUCUAAAAAAUGUGUCUUUGUGCUUCAAGUCCUAGAAAAAUUUCGUCCUAUGGUCCAUAAAACCUAUAUAGCAUUGAGUAUAAUGCUAUAAAUAUAUUAGAGAAUAUUCUUUAAACUCUUUUUUAAUUCUUUUCUUGGGUUUAAAAACAGAAACAAUUUAGUAAAAAUAAAAUGAUGUGAUGCAAUAUAUAAAAUAAGUUUUAUGUUGAAAUUAUUAUUAUUUUUUUUGCAAAUUUCUCUGUUCACUAAAACUUCAUUGUUAUAUGUGUAAUCAAAAAAUUAAAUUCUAUAUUAUGUGAAUAUCUUAUUGAAAUUUUUAAUGCUUAAUUUUUGUUGGCCAUGCAAUUUUUAUUGUUUGUUGUGAAUAGUGACCGGUGCAUUUUCUGUUGUGUUGUGCUUUAGCUGCAACUGCUUUCGGUGGCGGUGUUUCAGCAUUGUAAUUUAUCUGAAAGAUUUUAAAUCUGUGUAUAAAAAACAUUUGGGGAAAUUUUUAAUUACCUCAUUCUGUAGAUUGGAAAUAAAUAAAAAAUGUGUAUUAAUUGAA